UCCGCCGCCCGACCGACGGGACUGCAGUUCCCAGCAUGCCGCGCGCGCGGAAGGGGCGUGGCCGCGGCGCCGCUUCCGUGCUGGCGGCGAGGCGGAGGAGCGGCAAGAUGGCGGCGGCGGCGGUGCUGGAGCUGCAGCGCGCGCAGUCCCUGCUCUCCACCGACCGCGAGGCCUCCAUCGGCAUCCUACACUCCAUCGUGAAACGUGAUGUCCAGGAAAACGAUGAGGAAGCAGUGCAAGUCAAAGAGCAGAGCAUCCUGGAGCUGGGGUCACUGCUGGCCAAGACUGGGCAGGCAGAAGAGCUGGGAGGACUCCUGAAGUACGUGAGGCCCUUCCUGAACUCCAUCAGCAAGGCCAAGGCUGCUCGCCUGGUGCGCUCCCUGCUCGACCUCUUCCUGGACAUGGAGGCAGCCACAGGACAGGAGGUUGACCUGUGUUUAGAGUGUAUUGAAUGGGCCAAAUCAGAGAAAAGGACUUUCCUACGUCAGGCUCUGGAGGCCAGGCUGGUCUCUCUCUACUUUGACACCAAGAGGUACCAAGAAGCUCUGCAGCUAGGCUCCCAGCUGCUCAGGGAGUUGAAGAAGAUGGAUGACAAGGCACUGCUGGUGGAGGUGCAGCUCCUAGAGAGCAAGACUUACCAUGCCCUGAGCAAUCUGCCAAAAGCAAGAGCAGCCUUAACCUCGGCCAGGACUACAGCCAAUGCCAUCUACUGUCCCCCCAAGCUGCAGGCAGCACUGGACAUGCAGUCAGGUAUUAUCCAUGCAGCAGAAGAGAAGGACUGGAAAACAGCCUAUUCAUAUUUUUAUGAGGCAUUUGAGGGCAAUGAUUCAAUUGACAACCCCAAAGCCAUCACUGCUCUGAAAUACAUGCUGCUGUGCAAAAUCAUGCUCAACAGCCCAGAAGAUGUGCAAGCAUUGGUGAGUGGGAAGCUUGCUCUGCGGUAUGCAGGAAGACAGACAGAAGCACUAAAAUGUGUGGCACAGGCCAGCAAGAACCGGUCGCUGGCAGAUUUUGAAAAGGCUCUGACAGACUACAAGGUGGAGCUCAGGGACGACCCCAUCAUAAACACUCACCUGGCCAAGCUCUAUGAUAAUUUAUUGGAACAGAACCUGAUCAGAGUCAUUGAACCCUUCUCCAGAGUACAGAUUGAACACAUAUCCAGCCUCAUCAAGCUCUCAAAGGCUGAGGUAGAAAGGAAACUGUCACAGAUGAUCUUGGACAAGAAGUUUCAUGGAAUCCUUGACCAGGGCGAGGGCGUCCUGAUCAUCUUCGACGAACCCCCCGUAGACAAAACUUACGAGGCCGCCCUCGAGACCAUUCAGAACAUGAGCAAAGUAGUGGAUUCGCUCUACAACAAAGCCAAGAAGUUGACAUAGAGUUGAAUUUGCUAGCUGUCAUUUGGAGAGUGUGUGUGACAGGAGAGUGAAACCUUUGGGAAAAUGUUAGGAGACUUUUUUUUUUUCUUCUUUGUUCUACUUUUCGCUCGGAAAGUUUUUAAACUUCCUCAUCCGGUGCAUCUUGUAUUCCAGACGAUGCGUGUUCCAGUUUCCAUGUAAUCUUUACUGGCCGAACUUUGUAUCUGGGGGGGGAAUAUUGUUUCAACAAAGAGGGUAUUCUAAAUAAAAGGAAAAAGGCUUACACUA